UUUGAUCACACAGUUGUGUGUUUUUACCAAAACCAUCGCCGUUUACUUCAUUUAACUUGGUUUCUGUUUGGUCAACAAGUGGAGCUUGCUAAUUAAAAGUUGAAGAGAUCCACUAACGGAGUGGUGUGGAGCUGGUCUGAGAUGGCAGACGCAUCAGGACGUGGUUUUGAGGCGGAGCCUCUGAAGGGUGAAGAGGCAGAAGGGGGCGUGUCUAAGGAGAAAAGCUGCACAGAGAAGCUGUGCUUGUCACACCUGACGGGGUGGCGCACGGCUGCAUUCCUCCUCUCUCUCUUCCUGUGCCUGGUGGUUGUUUUUGCCUUUUCAUUCAUCCUUCCCUGCCCCGUACGGACGCAGUACCUGCCCACCUGGAACCGCACGCUACCUGAUGCAGCCACGUAUGAUUUCCUGGCUGUUGAGGACGCCAAUGAAGACAAAGCCUUGGAUGUGUUGUUCAUCUACAAGGAUGCUGAAGCCAGCCGUAACACAUGUUUGAGUGAAGAUUUAUCAAUCCCAUGUCUGGUUUUAACGGCUGUUGAUGGCACUGAUGGGAAGACGCUUUGGGAACGACCUCUAGCUGCUGAAUUUGAUUGGCUGGAGUGUGGUGUAAAGGGCCUUGGACUAAAAGGAACAGGCUGUCUGGUUGCUCACGCGGACAAUCUUACAGCUAUCGAUAAAAACACAGGUGUGAUCAGUUGGCAGCAGUCGCGUUCUACUGUGCUGAAUGGAAAUCUCCCACUGAUCAGUUUUCCGGAUCUGAAUGCUGAUAAAGCAGAGGACUUUGCCAUACUUUCAUAUAAUCCUGAAGCGUCAUCAUUCACACCCAUACCGCUGGUGUUUUUCUCAGGGAAGUCAGGGGAUCAGAUCGGCUCAGAGGUGCAUGUUGAUGGGAACGGGGUGUUUGGUCACCAGCAGUUCAAAACAGCCAGUGGCGCUCCAUACCUGCUGUUACUCAAAAAAUCUGGGCUCUAUGCGGUCAGUUUGCGACGUCUGGCAGCUCUGGCCGGUCUGGAGUCUGCGCUGAAGGAUGAGAAAAGCUGGGAGGAAAAAUCCGACACACACACAGGAUUGAUCUCCCUCUAUCAGUUUGAUUCUCUGAAGCGUGUGAUGGUUGUUCCUGGCAGUAGUUCUUCAUCACUGCUGGUCCAGACGGACUCCAGCGUGUCACUGCUGCACACAGACAAACUGAAGAUCGCAUGGACCACAAACACCAGCACUCUGCUCAGUGUGCCAACAUUUGGGCAAUUUGACAAAGAUGGAAUUCCAGAUAUAAUGAUAGAGGAAGACGUUGGCAAUAAAACCAAAAGAGUAUUGGUUCUCAGUGGAAGCUCUGGAGUGGUCCUGUGGGAGGUGAAUCUGUUGUUCUGGACUCCGAGUCCUCAUCCGGCGUCUGUCCUCACAUUAAACACCUACUCAGUGUUCAUGCUCUGGGGACAGAGUCACGGCAACCAGACCAAUGAGAUGCAUUCAUCAUUCCUGAUGCAUCCUCGACUUUCCCAACUGCUGCUUGAAAGAAGAAAUCCUGCACAGAACAUCAUCUCUUUUAAGGCGACGCUGUUGGAGCGAGGCCGCCACGCCUGUUACCUCGUUCUGACGGGACCAGAUGGACGACAGCACGCAGAACCAGGCGAGACGGAGCCAGUGAUUCUGACCAAGCGCAAGAUCAAGGAUGAUGUGUCGGAGAGCGGCGCUCUGAGAGUAACAGCUGAUGAAUCGAUCACUGAAGAGGAUGUGAAGCAGGAGUUCUACAGGCUGCGCUUCAGUGAUGCACUUUUCUGAAACACAAUUAACACAGUUUAUAUUUAAACACUAAUUUUCAA